UCGUGGGCCCGUUUCCAGUUUUCAAGUCCAGUACUAAAUAAUCCCUUCCCCACCUCCCUCCGCCAUUAUUUUGCUCCCCACUGAACCCUAGACUCCCCCUCCCCACUCCCCCCACUUCCUCACGUUCCCCCUCUUCUGCGUCUUCCCUCUUCCGCUCUUUGUGGGGAGAGGGAAAACAGAGAGAAAAAAGGCAGGAUUCUGGUGUAUUGUAUAAAGGAGGAAGAGGAGUGGUGGUUCAGCAGGUUUGCAGGAUGGAGUUGAGCAUGGUUGGUCGCUGCAUUUUGGUCUUCUGCUUCUGUGCUUGCUUGUCUUCUCUUACAGGGGCGGGAGCAACUGGUUCGGUGGGAGUGAACUACGGACGGAUCGCCAACGACCUGCCCUCGGCAGUGAAGGUGGUGGAGCUCCUCAAGAGCCAGGGCAUCAGCAAGGUGAAGCUCUACGACACCGACCCCACCGUGCUGCACGCGUUCAGCGGCAGCGGCAUCAAGGUCAUCGUCGCUCUCCCCAACGAGCAGCUCUCGGAAGUGUCCGCCUCCUCCUCGGCGGCCUACUCGUGGGUGCAGAAGAACGUGGCGGCCUACCUCCCGGGGACACAGAUCUCCGCCAUCGCCGUCGGCAAUGAGGUGUUCGUCGACCCCCACAACACGACGGACUACCUGGUGCCCGCCAUGAUGAACGUGCACACCGCGCUCACGAAGCUCGACCUCGACCGCGACAUCAAGAUCUCAUCCCCCAUCGCGCUCAGCGCGCUGCAGGCGUCCUACCCUUCGUCUGCCGGCGCGUUUCGCGGCGACCUCGUCGAGCGGGCGGUGAAGCCCAUGCUCGAGUUUCUGAGGCAGACCGGGUCCUUCCUCAUGGUGAACGCCUACCCCUUCUUCGCCUACAAGGACAAUGCGGACGUCAUCUCCCUCGACUACGCGCUCUUCCGCCCGAACCCCGGUGUCGUCGACGCGGGCAACGGCCUCCGCUACACGAACCUCUUCGACGCGCAGAUCGACGCGGUGUUCGCGGCCAUGUCCGCCCUGAAGUACAGCGACCUGAACAUAAUGGUUUCGGAGACGGGCUGGCCCUCCGAGGGCGACUCCGGCGAGACGGGCGCGAGCAAGGACAACGCGGCGGCCUACAACGGCAACCUCGUGCGCCGCGUGCUCACCGGCGCCGGCACCCCGCUGAGGCCGCAGGCCGCGCUGGACGUCUACCUGUUCGCGCUGUUCAACGAGAACAAGAAGAACGGGCCGGCGUCGGAGAGGAACUACGGUCUCUUCUACCCGAACGAAGAGAAAGUGUACGACAUCCCGCUGACGCCGGAGGGGCUGAAGCAGCACUCUGCAGAAGAGCCGCCGGUGAGCGGCGCCGGCGGCGGGAUGACGGUGCCGGUGGAGGGGCCGGGGGUGGUGGUGAGGAGCUCGUCGCCGUCGGAGUCGCUGCACGGGCAGACGUGGUGCGUGGCGAACGAGAGGUCCGGGAAGGAGCGGCUGCAGGAGGCGCUGGACUACGCCUGCGGGGAGGGAGGGGCUGACUGCUCCCAGAUCCAGCCGGGCUCCAGCUGCUUCCAGCCGGACUCGCUCCUGGCCCACGCGUCCUACGCCUUCAACAGCUACUACCAGCGCCACAGCCGUGGCUUCGGCACCUGCGACUUCAGGGGCGCCGCUUACGUCGUCACUCAGCCUCCCAGGUUUGGAAACUGCGUCUUCCCCACGGGGUCCUGAGCGAAGCGUGGAGGAGAGAGAAAAGAGGGAAUAUUUAAUUUCUCUUUUUUUUUUUUUAAAUUAAUUUCAUAUGUACUUAUGUGUUAAUGGGGGGCUGCUGCUUACUGUAUAUUUUUGGACUAUGAAUUUUCUGCACUUUUAGGGUUUCACUGUCUUUGUUCUUAUUUUUGAGUUUUUUUUUUAAUAUUAUAAAUAGAGGAGAAAAAGUUAGUGCUC